AUGAGCAAAAAGUUCAAGUCCCAGGCCUCCAGCAGUCGCGCUGCUGCCAGUGCCUUUGGGUCACUUGGAGGCUUUCCUGUUGGUCUCUCCACCGAGGGGAAGGAGCCGUCCGCUCUCACAUACAUUGCAGCACCGCCAGAUCUUUCUCGCAUUGCGGACCAGCAACUAGUUAUCGCAUUCAAGAAUUUACUGAAGAAAGAUGACAUUACACGAUUGAAGGCUCUAGAGGAGCUGCGUGACCAUAUAUCAAGAGUGGAAGAAAGGAAGGGAACUCUAGAUGACGAGUUUCUAGAUGCAUGGGUAUGUCUAGAUUGCUUCUAUAUACAAACACCAAGUAAUAACAAUAUCUUCCCCCAGGUCAGAAUUUAUCCCAGACUCUCGAUUGAUCUGUCUCGCCGAGUACGUCAAGUUGCCCACCCGAUACAAGGUACAAUUUCUGGGCUUGUUGGGAAGCGGAUCGUGCCCAAUUUACCCAAGGUCAUCGGAGCAUGGAUUGCAGGAAUCUACGACAAUGAUCGACCAGUCCACCGUGCCGCCCUUGAAUCGUUCACAAAUGUCUUCACAACAGAAGAAAAAAGAAACAACGUGUGGAAGAUCUACCAAACCUCCAUUUUGGACUUUGUAGAUGAUGUCAUUCUUCACCAAACAGCCCUGACAUUGAGUGAUGAAAGGACAGUGAAGAGAGACGACGCCGAGGGGAAAUAUGCCCGUGUUGCGGGAGCUGCAAUUUUGCUUUUCAACCGCGUACUAGGCAAUUCGUCUGAUGAAGAUUUACAGAGGAACAUAUCAGAAAUUGAGAAUCUGUUAGCCAGCAAGAACUUGUGGGCUCUCUGUUACCACGACGAUCCAUAUGUUCGCCGGUCCAUAUAUAUCCUGCUCCGAUCUGCGGUUUCCCGAGAGCCUGGAUGGAUCGACUGGAAGACUCUCAGUUCAGCCGUCAUUGGGAAGUCUUUGUCUCUCCAGCAAAUCGGAUCGGCUACCGAAUUGUCGGAGUCCCUCCUUUCAUUAUCUUCGCUGAGGCCUCAAAUAUGGACAGAUGACUACAGUGGGAAAUCAUCUGCCUCGAAGAGAUUGCGCCAGUACAUGCAGAAAGGUUCCGAGGGUGGACAUUCUAACUUUUGGUCAAAUCUAGACCAAUUGCUUCGAAUCAUCCCCCAAGAAGUACUAGCAGGUGUCGACAAGGCCACUGCUGGCCAUGGGAUCACUUCUACCAGUGCAAUUACCCUGACUGAGGCUUUACAAGAAGGUCUAAACUCGAGAGAAGAACCGCGUUCGAAUCUUGCUGUCGGAUGGAAAUCUUAUACUCAGGUAGGAACAUGGCUUGCAACAUUGCUCCCCCAGGAGCAAAAAUCCGAAUUCAUCGCGAAGAGACUGUUUCCCUUGGUGGUGCAGUAUGUACGAACGGACCCAGAGCUGGCACAAUGGUCACUUCCGGCCGACUUAGCCGAAGGGACUUGUGUGGAUUAUGUUGCCACUCUGGCUUCCGCGCAACAAGUCCAGGAACUGCAAUCAUUGUCUACAUCCCUUUCCGAUGGGCUGCUAGAAGCUGUGAAGCUAUCGGCCCCGGAACAAUCAAAGGACUUCCGUAGAUCUCAGGACUCAAUAUGUGCCCAAUCCAAACGGCUCUUGGAUUUGCAGUCUGCUGUUCUCUCACGGGCCGCAGAUACUGAGGUCGAGCCUCAAGUGUCGGAGGUCUUUCAAAGAACAAGCACUUCCCUUCUCGAAGGUUGUCUCGAAGUCCUGCGCACCCGUAAUGGGAAACCAUAUGGAGCGGCCGCUAUGGUGGCGGAGUGUGUUCGCAGCCUGCCAUAUAUCGCCAAAGAGUCCCAGGGCCUCCAAAACUUUGUGCAAAAUGAUGCACCGGAGCUUUUGCUUUCACCGUCUGCUGAUCGGUUGAUUUCAAUCAUCUUAGAAUGUCGGGAGUGGGUUGGAUUUUCGUCCAGUUUCGAGAACGUUGUCGAGCGAGCCUUGGCCUUGGACCUAGAGCAGUCUAAUGUGCAUGUACUCCAAAGUCUACUUUCUGCUCUCGAUUUCAACGAUGCUGAGCACAAAGACAAGCUUAACUCACUUGUUGUGCGGGCUCUUGGUAAAGCUUGCCAAGGAAGCCAUGCCCAUUGGCCUAUCAUCAUUGCAGUUCUUCAAAACAAAACAUCACACGGCGAAUUGAUGGAACAGAUAUUCUUAUCUUUGAUCGAGACGUUAUCUUCAGAACAUAACGUCUUUAAUGCCUUGCAUGGGCUUUCUCAUAUCGGAAAGUCUGCACCAUCUUCAGUUCGGGAGUUCCAAAAUGGAGCACAUGGAUCGAAGUUAGCAGGAAAGCUACUUUUCCUCACAGAAUCACCAUCUGAAGAGGUAGCAAGCUUGGCAGAAGCGUUGCUGAAAUCAUUGAAAGAAUCUGGUGUUGGCGACACGAGUGCCAAGUCAGGCAUCGAAAUUCUCCAACAUGGGUUCAGUCAUGUGGAUGAAGAAUCAUUGUCGAUUGAAUCACUUCUUGCUAUCGCAGAGGAAUUGCUGCCAGGUCUUACGGCUGAAGGCGCAACCAGUACGGUGAAUGAUAUUUUGCCCUCUCGUCGUGCAUGGGAGGAGUCCUUGACCCCCUUCCUCCAACUUCCACCUCGCCCCUCCAUUGCUAUAACAAGUCCCUUAGGAGGCGCUGUUCACUUAAUCCAGCGUGAACUAUCUGACACCUUCAAGGGGCUAUGGCCGACUAUCCCUCGCGAUUCAGAGCAUCGAUCUUCUGCAUUCCGCCUGGCAACCUUCACUGUCGGCAUUCUCUCUACUUCUAAGUUAUUGAAACAUAUGGGCCAAGCGGACCUAGAGACUUUGUUCCAUUUCUUGCCCUUGGCAAUUCAACUUAUAGAUGACGAUUUGAGCAUUGAGAAUUGCAACGGCAUCUCAGGUCUCGAGCUGGCUGAUCAGCGAGAAGAGUACAUGGAGAUUGUUUUCGCUGGCCGCAAGGUGGUCGGUAACUGGAUUCAUGACAAUGAGCCAGUCAGCUUCGCACCCGAGAAGACCAUUUCCUCUAUGUUUGCCGAGUUCUGGGAAACCAGACUAGACGAACUAAAGGGUACGUCUCCCUUGGACUAUAGGGUUGGCGAAGCCUUCGUCAAGAUAAUGACUGUUGCGGAUUCAUUGCAAAAGUCAAAAUCAUCGGAGGACGUUGCGAAGAUCUGCAGAGAGGCUCGAACAUCAAAUCUCAUCCGCUCGGCAUCGUGGUUUGCAGUUUUGCGAAGCUCCAUACUUUCAAUUACCAUCGGCAACAGAAUCUGCAAUGAGUUAGUUGCCGAUUCCACUGGACUCAGGCCCCAGGAUUCUUCCCAAGUUGGAUUGCGGAAGCUGGCUCUGUUGAAUAUCCUAUUGUCUGGGGAAGAAGAUGUUGUUUCCACCAUUCCGACGCAGAGACUAGUCUUCCUCGCCAAGAACUUGAUUGAAUGUCUCCAAUCCGACUCAAUGUCGCUUGGUUUGAAAUCUGAAGUCAUCCAGACCCUGUCUCUUGUCCUUCCAGCCCUCGGGGAAAUCUAUGGAUCUCAUUGGGAAGAAAGCAUGGGCAUCCUAAACUCUGUAUUGCGGCAAACCAAUGGAGGCGAAGAGGCUCUACCGUUACUAGUGUCAUCUUUCAGACUCUUCGCACGAUUGAAGUCUAUCUCGGAAAGUGACAGCAAUGACGACGUCCAAGAUGCUUGGUCAGACCGGAAGGUCGGUCUUUACAAUGCCCUAGCCUCCACCAUUAGCACGUUCGAUUCCUCAACCACAUUCCAUCAACCUCGAGAUGUUGCUGUUGACUUAUUACGACGCCUGAUUAACAGUAUCCCUGUUGACAACUUGGAGGAUGUCAGUGAAACGUUCCAUCUUCUGACUGCGCAUAGUCGAGCAGUUCAACGAACUGCUUACACAAUUCUCCAUCACUAUAUCCCCCAUGCCCAGGAGAAGGUAUCUUUUGAGGUCGCCUUAUCCAAGACUGCGGUCAGCCUUCCUGAUGAGCUCGUGUCUCUAUUGCUUGAACCCCCAACAAUGCAAAUGGUCUCUGCUGGGUACGGAGAUGACAAGAUGUGGACCAGUGUGCGGGCGUACCUUCUCAGCUGGAAGGUGGUAUUUGACCAUUUCUCAAAUGCUUCGCUCCCUGUCCAAGAAUACUACAUAUCGAGCAUCAGAGAGAACAAUAUCCUCAUCCCACUGCUGGAAUUCACCUUUGAUUUCCUUCGAAAGUCGCACGGAAAGAUGAUCGAUGCAUCCAAACUUGAUAUUCGAUCAUUUGAGCCAGAUGAGUCCGAGAAUGCGGAAAGGGAGACACAAUGGCUCCUGGUACACUUGUACUAUCUGUGCCUCAGAUACUCAGCCAACAUGACCAAGAAUUGGUGGAUUGACACCAAGAAACGCAUCAAGGGUCCGGUGGAAGCCUGGUCGGAAAAAUACAUCUCCCCACUCGUCGUUGAAGAUGCACUCAAAAGCGUGACCGACUGGAUUGCCACUCAGGAUGCAAACGAAGAGCGCGCACUGGAGGUGAAGAUUUCCCCGAAGACAGGUGAAAUCAUAGCCAGCAUUCCAGUCGACGAGGAGUCGCCUCCAGUUGCUAUCUCUAUCACUCUUCCAUCGGCAUACCCGCUUCAAUCCGCGUUGGUUGUCGGUCGCAGUCGCGUGCUUGUGGACGAGAAGAAAUGGAAGAGUUGGCUGCUGACGAUCCAGGGAGUGAUCAUGUUUGCCAAUGGCAACCUGGUUGACGGGUUAUUGGCCUUCCGAAGAAAUGUCCAAGGUGCUCUGAAGGGCCAGAGCGAGUGUGCUAUCUGUUACUCUGUUAUCUCAACAGACAUGCAGACACCGAACAAGCGGUGUGCCACUUGCAAGAACACCUUCCACUCAGUCUGUCUGUUCCGCUGGUUCAAGAGCAGCAACCAGAGCACUUGUCCUCUUUGCCGAAACAACUUCGUGUAUGUUUAG